AAGGUUCCAUCCCUAACGUACUGUCGUUGUCCUAAAGUUCAAUUGCCAAUUAAAUACGGAAGGAAAUUAGAAAAGUGAUUGUAAAUGAGAAUAAUGCUGUUUGGCUUGGCAUGUCUUCAAAGAAUCGAAUCCAUUGUCAUGGAGCAGCAAGACCACUGUGCUUAUCUCUAGGCGAUGACUGUGGAGGUAAAAAUAUUAGCGAUAAGUAACAGGUACGCCAAUGCCAGUAAAGUCCAUCCCUAGGCUGCAAUAGCCAGAAGAGAGGUAAAAAAGCAUCAAGUACAAUCAAUUUGGAGUUUAGGUAAUCCGCAUAUAUUAUGUGCCCCAGCAUCGGCUUCCGCAGCUGGAGACAUAGCUAGACGACAGGUUCAUUUACUUCCGGCUACCACUACGAUUACGUCGUAGCCGUGUUCCGUGUGGCAAGCGCGCACCUACGCGCCAUUUGUGUGUGCAUUGGUGUUGGUGUUGGUGUGUGUGUGUGUGGUGUGGUGUGUGCGACCUCGCCAAUAAGCAGACGAACCAAAAACGUCUGGAGCCGCAUUCCGUUUGCAAAACAAUAACAUUGCCUUCCAAGCCCAGAACCGAUUUGCUCCAAAUUGCGUGAGGAAAAUUAAAUGUGACCACUGGGAGCGGGAGUCCAGCACAAGCAGACAAAAACAACAUGUCGUCCACAUCGGAGCGGAAGCGCUAUCACAAGGAUAAUGCGCCCACCGACGACAUUCUGACGCUCAUCAAUCUGGUGCGCCAGAAUCCAGCGCUCUACAACUACAAAUUGCAGCCGAAUCAAAGGCGUCGCUCGGACAUCCUCACCGGAUGGCAGGAGGUGGCCCAAAAGAUUGGUCAUAAGUACACUGUGCAGGAGGUGAGACGAAAGUGGAAGAACCUUCGGGAUACGUACCAUCAGUAUCGCCUGCGCACACCCAAGUGCAUAGAGGGGCGUCUGUCCAAGUGGCGGUAUGCCAAGGAGUUGGAUUUCCUGUCGACCGUGUACCAGCCGAAACUGAAGUCGCAUCGCACACAAAAUCACUAUGAGGCGAGCAGUGCCACAAGCACAACGCUGCCCAUCGGCUCCAUGCUGCACCUGAAGGACCAUGGCGACGACGAUGAUGAUGGGGACGACGAUGGUCAGUCGGAUACGGCAAUGUCAUCGCAUCAUGAUGCGCAGAUCACGCUGGUCGGCGAUGAGGCCGAAACAUUCAUACUGACAGCCUACGAGGAGGGUGUUUCGGACGACACAGUGUCCCAGCAUCAUGAGCACCAUCAUCACCAGCAUCAUCAUCACCAGCAGCAGCACCAUCAUCAUCAUCACCAUCACCAGUCGCAGCACGACGGCAGCAUCUCGAGCAUUGAGCUGUCCCAGAUCGCCCACGAUGACGAUGUUGUCGACGAUGUGGACGAGGACGAUGAUGUGGUCGAUCACGACGGCCAUGUGGUGGACAUUGUCAAGCACGAGAUGGACGAGGACGGUGCCACCGGCACCGAGGUGGACUACGAGGAGGUCUGCCUGUACGAGGAGGCCAGCGGGGCCCAUGUCGACUGCGAGAUGGGCGUCAGCAACGGCGUGGACGGCAGCAGCGACGUGACGCACAGCAAGAGCUUCCACUACAUCGAUGCCCAUGAGUUUUGCAUAUCGGACAUUGAGCCGCAGCCGCACCAGCAGUCCGUCUCGGUCGCUGUACGCUCCCACCAUCAUCAUCAGUAUACGGGCAGCUGUGUGAACGGCUCGACCACCAAUAGCGUCCUCGGCGGCGGCACCGUUGUCUCCGACGGCAAGCUCAAGAAUCUCACGCUGGUCACCACCUCAGCGGCAGCAGCAGCGGCGGCGGCGGCAGCCCAAGCUGUUGCCAGUCGGCACGAACAGAGCAUUUCCGCACAGCAUAUCUCCUUGGUGGAUGUCACAGAGGCGACGAGCACGAGCGUAACCAUUUCCAGCACACCGGCUGUGUCCCUAAAUGCCGCAGCAGUCACCACCUCGCCAGCAGCGUCAUCGGCGCUGUGCAACACCACAUCGUAUACGACGCCCACGGCCACCAUACUCCAACUGCCGCCGCUAACAUGCGGCGGACCGGCCCUCAACAGUGGCGUCAAUCCAAACGGACCCUGCCCGCCGCUGGCCAUCAGUGCGGCCAGCAGCAGCACCCUGAUCAAGGAGGAGGAACAGCAUAGCAAUGCCUAUCAUGUGGCCCGGGCGCUGGCCAAGCGGGACGAGCUGGAUCUAUUCUUUGAUUUCCUUAAAAAGAAAAUGCAAUGCUUCACCAAGACCCAGCUGACGCACAUACAAAUGGAGUUCUUGAAUUGUGUGGGACGCCAGGAGGCGGCCGAGCAUGAAUGCAAAGACUAAGCAACCUAAAUAGAUGACCAACCCCAAACCCUGAUAUGCAUCCCCCCAUCGAGCCCCUGCUUCCCUCUUGCUUAUAGUAGUACUCUCUAUCUACAGUAGUAGUUGCUUAGUUUUAAUUAUUGUGUAUAGGCUUAGGAUCGUACAGUUUACCAGUUUGCCGCGAAACUCUCACAUUUUCGAGUUUUCUCUUCAUUUUAGCUUUAUAAAUUGCCCCAAAACACACACACAAACACACAUACAUGUACAUGAUCUAUGUACACCUGCCCCACAUACCUUAUAUAUGUAGAUAUAAGCAUAACAAGAAGAGUUAUAUAUGGAG